AUGAGCCAUCAUCCUGCGGUAUUAAACGAACAGCAUCCCGGCUCACAUCACCCCGGCCUUGGUCACUCAUAUAUGGACCCUUCGCAGUACCCGCUCGCUGACGAUGUGGAUGUACUCUUUAAUAUCGAUGGACAGGGCAACCAUGUCUCACCGUAUUAUGGGAACUCAGUCCGUGCGGUACAGAGGUACCCUCCUCCUCCACACAGUAGCCAGGUGUGUCGACCCUCGUUACUCCACGGUUCUCUACCGUGGCUGGAGGGGAGUAAAGGCAUCGCCCCACAUCACAGCGCGUCCCCUUGGAACCUAAGCCCCUUCCCCAAGAACCCUCUUCAUCACGGCUCCCCUGGCAGCCUCUCCGUCUAUCCCCCGGCCUCCUCAUCCUCGCUGUCCAACGGCCACUCGAGUCCGCAUCUCUUUACGUUUCCCCCGACCCCGCCUAAAGACGUUUCCCCGGACCCCGGCCUCUCAGGGUCCAACAGCUCCCGUCAAGAGGACAAAGAGUGCAUUAAGUACCAGGUUUCCCUGGCAGAAAGCAUGAAGCUGGAAUCCGCUCACAGCCGAAGUGUGUCUAUCGGAGGAGGCCCAUCCUCUGCCCAUCACCCCAUCGCCACAUACCCACCUUAUGUCCCCGAAUACGGCCCAGGCCUCUUCCCACCAAGUAGCCUGAUAGGUGGGUCAUCUUCUAGUUAUGGUUCCAAAACAAGACCAAAAACAAGGUCCUGUUCAGAAGGUAGAGAGUGCGUCAAUUGCGGAGCCACGUCGACUCCGUUAUGGAGGCGGGACGGGACAGGACACUAUCUCUGCAAUGCCUGUGGCCUCUAUCACAAAAUGAACGGGCAAAAUCGUCCGCUGAUUAAACCCAAGCGGAGACUGUCCGCUGCCAGGCGAGCAGGGACGUCCUGCGCAAACUGUCAGACCACCACUACGACGCUGUGGCGGAGGAACGCCAACGGAGACCCGGUGUGUAAUGCCUGCGGCCUGUACUACAAGCUCCACAAUAUCAACAGACCUCUGACCAUGAAAAAGGAAGGCAUCCAGACGAGAAACAGGAAGAUGUCUAGCAAGUCCAAGAAGAGUAAAAAGUGUCAAGACAACAUGGAGGACUUCUCUAAAAGCCUGAUGGACAAGAGCAGCUCCUUCAGCCCCGCGGCCCUGUCCCGCCACAUGUCGUCGUUCCCCCCCUUUUCGCACUCCGGCCACAUGUUGACCACGCCCACCCCCAUGCACCCCUCUUCCAGCCUCCCGUUCCCACACCACUCCAGUAUGGUCACAGCCAUGGGCUAG